AUGGAUUCAAUCGUUUCUGUGUUUGGAUCCUAUGUUGACUGGGAUGUCAAAAGUCUGCUGCUCUUCACUGCAGUUUUCAUCCUCACUGCAGAUUAUAUUAAAACAAGGCAGCCGGACAGCUUCCCUCCAGGACCCCGGACAUUUCCUAUUGUGGGCAACAUAUUAAAUGUGGAUUUUACCAGGACCCAUGAAAUUUUGACACAGUUUGUAGGGAGAUAUGGAGAUGUGUUCAGCUUGCGAAUAGGCCAGACAUGGAUGGUGGUGCUAAAUGGGUUUGAGGUUCUGAAAGAAGCUCUGGUAAAUCAGGGAGACAGCCUGGAGGACCGCCCAUACAUCCCUCUGGUGGAGGAUGUGUCCCAUGGACGAGGUUUAAUUUUCAGUAAUGGCAACACAUGGAAGCAGCAGAGGCGUUUUGCAUUUUCAACGCUUAAAUAUUUUGGAUUUGGCAAGAAGUCACUUGAACCCAUCAUCUUGGAUGAAUUUGCAUAUUGUGCAAAAGUCUUCAAAAGCUAUAAAGGGAAACCAUUCAAUCCACACCUCAUCAUCAACAACACUGUCUCCAACAUCAUCUGCUACCUGGUUUUUGGUCAUCGCUUUGAGUAUAGUGAUGAGAAGUUCGUGAAACUGAUGAAAUGGUUUGGCAAAGGUCUCGAAAUUGAAGUUUCCAUUUGGGCACAGCUUUACAACUCAUUCCCUCUGCUGAUGAGACGUUUGCCGGGGCCACACCAGACAGCCAAGCACAUCUGGAACAGUACAAAUGACUUCAUUAGAGAGGAGAUUAAGGAGCACAGACAGAACUGGGAUCCCUCAGACCAAAGAGACUACAUCGACUGCUACCUGAAUGAGAUUCAGAUGAGAAAUGGGCAGGGUGGCAAUGCUUUUGAUGAGGAAAACCUGGUUAUGUGUGUCAUGGAUCUGUUUGUGUCCGGCUCUGAGACCACAUCCACCACCCUACGCUGGGCUUUCCUCUACAUGGCAAAGUACCCCGAGAUUCAAGCAAAGGUCCAGGCUGAGAUAGACAGAGUGAUUGGACAGUCCAGACAGCCAUCCAUGGAAGAUCGUGCAAACCUGCCCUACACCGAUGCUGUUUUACACGAGAUCCAGAGGUUUGGCAACGUAAUUCCUCUCAGCCUGCCUCGUGUUACCGACAGGGACAUCCAGCUGGGAGGCUACACAAUCCCAAAGGGAGUCUUGAUAAUCCCCAAUCUGACCUCGGUGCUGUUCGACAAGAAUGAGUGGGAGACACCCGACACCUUUAAUCCAGGACAAUUUCUGAACAAGGAGGGCAAGUUUGUGAAGCGAGCUGCUUUCAUCCCUUUCUCUACUGGUAAGCGGGCAUGUCUUGGGGAGAGCCUGGCCAAGAUGCAUCUUUUCAUCUUCUUCACCUCAUUUAUGCAGCACUUCACCUUCUCCAUGCCUGCUGGGGUCAAGCCUGUGAUGGACUUUCACUUUGGCAUCACUUUGGCGCCACGUGAAUAUGAAAUCUGCGCAACCUCCCGCUAAGAGUAGCUCUUACAUAAAAAAAUACAAAAAGCAAUUUGUUUUUUUCUGUCAUCACUACUCAUGAUUAUGUCACAGGGUGACAGGGUUUAGUGAAAUCCAA